GACAACUCGACUCGCUCUAUCCCCCUUCUGUUCCAACUUCAAGGCUACAGAACUGUCGCUAUAAUGUUCAAGCCCACGCAGCCAAUGAUGGUGCGUUUGCGCUUGACUACCAAGCAGGUCAAUGGUGGCUACUACAAGGGAAACCGGACCGGCUCCAUGGGUCACUUCGACAAGAGAGGCACAUACAGACCCGAUCUGUCAAAGCACCGUGUUUAUAUGCCUGCAGAAAAGCUCGAAAUUCCCGGGAGGCGUUACUCCGCUGAGACUGCGAAGGAGCCAUUCAUGCUCGCCCCCUUCAUCACAAAACACAUGCGCAAGACACCGUCGAACUAUGUCCAAGAUAUCGAGAGAAAUGGUCGACAGAUUACCGUGAUCAGAGGAUUUGAGGGCAAGGACUAUUUGGAGAAGUGGGCUGAGACCGCUGAAGCCGAAGACGCCCGACUAGCACAACCGUACACCGAGAAGAUCGAGAAGAUCGAGACCAAGCCGACCCCGAAAAUUGAGCAGACUGCGCAGAUUGUGAACCAAGAGCUGGCCCAAACGCCCAAGACGCCCAAGCCCUCCAAGACCCUUUUCUAGAAAUUCCAAAAGAUGAAACCGCAUAGCGGGGAUUGUCCGUGUGUUUCCAAUUGAAUCGGCCCAGCAUACCAUCCACAACCACCUUCGCUGGGCAUCAUUCAACAACUUCAUUGAUCAACCUUCUCUCCGCUGGUUGAUUGAAUAUAUCCCAUGUAUUAUAGUCUCUACAACAUCAACUUGAUUUGGCUCGCGGAGGAUCCCGAUGCAUCGGUGGACGUUUACCAUUUGGCAUCGAGACAGGAGCAAUUGUGUACUAUUUUGACAAAUUCCAUGAAUAUCAGAUUACAAAGAAAGUUCAAGUAGUUCUCGCCUCUUUUGAUGUUUGUUGUUGGCAUAUC